ACGUUAUCAGCCAAAUAAACGAUAACUGGAAAAAUUUAACAAGUUAAACAGCAUAUUGAUACACAGGCGGUACAUUGUUCAAUCAACAACCUUCGGAAGACGCUGAGCGCGCAAUGGGCGGAGGCACAGAUCGGGUGCCGGAGCGUUUGCCACCCAUUGACUUUGAUAUGGAUCGUUUUCCUUAUUGCAUUGUGUGGACACCGAUACCAGUGCUGACCUGGAUAAUACCGUUCAUCGGCCACAUGGGCAUCUGUAUGAGCAACGGCGUCAUUCGGGAUUUUGCAGGACCAUAUCUGGUGACGGAGGAUAAAAUGGCCUUUGGGCGUCCGACUCGCUAUUUGCGACUGCAUCCGAAACACGUCGAAGGUGGAACGUAUUCUUGGGAUGAGGGUGUAUUGAAGGCAUCGGUACUCUAUGGCACACGCACCCACAAUCUGUUCUGUGACAACUGUCACUCGCAUGUUGCAACGGCUCUGUGCAAUAUGCGGUACAAAGAUAGCACCAGCUGGAACAUGAUAAUCCUAUCGCUUUGGAUGUUUGUUUGUGGCCGUUAUGUUGGCUUUUGGGGCUUCAUUAAAACAUGGUUGCCAUUUGCAUUAAUACUUACACUUAUCAUUCUGCUAGCCGUGUACUUCUAAUUCCUGCAACUAAUGCCGCAUUAUCAAUUAUAAAUAUGUCUUUAGCAUGAUGAAUGUGUAUUUGUAUGUAGAUAAGAAUGUAAUGUAUGUAUUUCGAUUUAAUAUAAAAUGCUAAGUACUAUCUAUGA